CCGCGGUUCGAGAAACCCGCGGCGUUUCUCGGUCUUCACUGAAAGCAAGCAUUGCAGACUCGCAGCAGACUGCAAAGCUACUAGACUGAAACAGACAUAUCUGCUGAGUCUCUCCUGAUGCUCACACUAUGAUUGCUUUGUGAUCACACAGAAAGCUUGGCUUUUGGAGGUUAAUAAAGCAAAUGCGACACUAACUUUGUCAAAGACCAAGCCGCUGGAACGCAUCUGCCGUAAUGGAGGGCCAAACACGAAACAUCCCAAAGGAGCCGGUCGAAAGCGACUUUGGACUCUUUCUAUGGGGCAAGGAGAAAUUUUUGCGUCGGAAAGCGACGCUCAAGGCCUUCGCUACCGAUCCGAUCUUUUCAAAAGGUGAAGUCGUCUACGCGUCAUUACCUCGGAAGGACGUAUGGGCGCGCACAGUGCUGCAGUCCAAAGCCUUGAUAGAAUUGAAACUGAGGGAGGGAUGGUCGCACACUCAAUUCAUGGAAGCAAUUAAGAUGACUGACAAUUUUAUGCCCGUACAACCGCAGUUUCGUAUUUUUAUGUCGAAUCUUGAGAGGCAAAUGAGUGAUGAGCAAAAGAAAAUCUGGAUCCCGAAAGCAGAGAGAUUCGAGAUAUUUGGUUCGUAUGCGCAGACCGAACUGGGUCAUGGAAGCAACGUCCAAGGAAUCGAAACAACGGCCACUUUUGACGAGACCACGGACGAGUUUGUCAUCAACUCCCCAACUUUGAGUAGUACAAAGUACUGGAUUGGAACAACCGGUGUUUGGGCAACACAUUCGAUUGUGGUGGCAAAACUGAUCAUCAAGGGCAAAAACUAUGGGAAUCAUCUUUUCUUGACUCAAAUCAGAGAUCUGGACACACAGAGAUUGAUGCCCGGAGUCGAAAUCUACGAGCUUGGCCCCAAAGCCUUCCAAGGGAUGCUGGGAACGGACAAUGGCGCAAUGCAGUUCCACAAUGUUAGGAUUCCGCGCUCACAAAUGCUCGCCCGAAAUGCUCAAGUGCUGCGAGAUGGUACUUAUGUGAAACCAAAGAACGAAAAACAUUCGUAUGGAUCUAUGGUUACAGUCCGAGCACUCAUGGCCGAAAUCACGGCGUGGGACCUUCUCAACGCUGUUGUGGUGGCAUAUCACUAUACCACUUUCCGCAAGCAGUUCAGAAAAGACAGCAACGAGAAGGAAGAAACUACGGUGUUUGACUAUGCAAGUGUCCGGUAUCGAUUGCUUCCUCUACUAGCACAGGCUACAGCACUGAUUGUCGUGGGACGCAAUAUAAAGCGUGGAUAUGACGAGUACACCGAACACAAUCUCAAAACCGGUGAUUUUUCUCAGCUAGAGGACUUUCACCUCCAAACCGUGGGAGCUAAAGUAUACUCUACCGAUAUUACAGGGCGUGGUAUUGAGACAUCGAGAAUUGCUUGUGGCGGUCACGGCUACAGUGCUUUGUCUGGUUUCGGUCGCAUGUAUGCCAAUGCAAUCAAUGCUGUGACCUACGAGGGCGACAACUAUGUUGUGGGAAAGCAAGUACCACGAGCUAUACUAAAACAUUAUCGCAACAAAACGGAGAGUUCUCUGCCGACGCUAUCAUAUCUAUCAGCCUUGCGCGAAGGAGGACGGACAAUGGUUCCUAUUAAGUCUGCAAACGAUUGGUUUGAUGAGCAGACUCAAAAAUGGGCAUUGGAGCAGCGACUGCGCAACCUGGUACAGCAACACAUCGAAGACACCGACGCUGGCAAGGAUACAAGUUAUUCAACUCACUCUUUGACUAUGGCACAUUGCGAUUUCGUUUAUUUCACACAAUUGAUGGACGUGGUUAAUCGUCUUGAAACGGAGAAUCGAAGCUAUGCUCCUCCGAUGCGAGCGACAGCUCGUGUUUUUGCACUUUCGGUUAUCCAAGACCCGCACCAUCCUAGCUUAGCACAGGCUCUGCCUCUUCCUAUGGAUGAACAAAAGUGGCUCCGAGACGCAUACGCAGCUGCAUUAGACGAUUAUGCAAAAAAUCAUGUCGCUUCAAUCAUAGAUGCGUACGGAUUAACCGAAUAUGAGCUCGACAGUGCGCUGGCUAGAAGCAAUCAGACGCCGUAUGAAGCACUAUGGGAAGGCGCGAAGAAAAGUGAAAUGUCAGGAGCUGCAAUGAGUUAUCUGUGGCCUGUGAUGAUCGGCGCAAGACAGAUUUGGAAGCAAAUAGAGGAAGAGAAGCAAGGACAUCGCACAUCUAAGCUGUAAGAGAUACUCGUGUUAGUGAACAGGUGAACAACAUGUCCUUUAAAGUGUUCAUCGCAGACUGGGUGAAGUUCAAUACGUAUGUCCAUUGUAUGUUCAUGUCAGAAACGGUGUAUGUCUAUCCGAG